AUGGCCUUUGCAAGGCACCAUCUUGAAUCUAUGAGUGGCAGUCUUAAAUACCCUUUAUCUGAGCAAGUCAAACGAAGCCUUGAGAUACCAUUACCAAGGACUCUGAGUAGAGUGGAUGCGCCUUAUUACAUUGAGGAAUACAAACAAGAGAAAGCAUGCAACCCCUAUGUGCUAGAACUUGCAAAGCUCGAAUUUAAUCUUCUGCAACGUCUUCACCAGCAAGAGCUCAAGGAUUUUUGUCGGUACGUAUGCACUGAACAUAUACAGUGGGGAAAUGAUCUAUAUGAAGAAGUGGGACUAAGCUACUCUCGGCAUCGUACCGUUGAAAUAUACCUCUGGUGUUACACAAUACACUAUGAGAAACAAUAUGCACAUGCACGGAUAAUCCUUGCCAAGAUAUGUGUGCUAAUAUCUCUGCUAGAUGACACUUUUGAUAUGCAAGCUACCUUGGAAGAGGGUCGAAAGAUCAACGAAGCGAUACAAAGAUGGGACGAGAGUGCUAUCCCUAUUUUACCAGUGUACUUAAAAAAAUACUAUGUCAAGCUGAUGAAUAUCUUCAGAGAGUUGGAGGACGAACUGAAACAAGAUCACAAGUACCGCAUGGUUUAUUCUAGGAAAGCGAUCCAAACUCUAUGCAGGCAUUACCAACAAGAAUCUGAAUGGUUCCAUAGCAAUUACAUACCAAGCUUUCAAGAUCACAUCAAGAACUCUGUUAUCUCCACAGGUGCUCCAGCUACAUUCGUGACUUCACUCAUUGGUAUGGGCGACGAAGUAACUGAGGAAACAUUCCAGUGGGCCAUUGGUUGCACCGAUGCCGUGAAGGCUUGCAGUGAGGUGGCACGUUUCAUGAAUGACAUGACUGCAUUUCAGCACGGGAAGAACAAACUGGAUGCGGCCAGCUCAGUAGAUAGCUAUAUCAACCAACAUCAUGUCACGGGUGAGGUAGCAAUGGCCGCGGUGGGUAAACUGGUUGAAGAUGCAUGGAAAACUACCAAUCAGGCACGAUUUGACCGUCGUGCUAUGCUCCUGCCUUUAGAACGAAUCAUCAGACUGACCAAGAGCAUGACCUUGAUGUACCGUGGCAAUAUUAACCUGUACACAUUCACAAGUGGCAACAAAGACAAGAUCCAGCAGCAGUUCAUCGAACCUAUCCCACUCUAG